CAGAAGCUAGGAGUGAGUGCGAAAUGGCCGGAGGGAGCCUCGUGAGUUGCAUCUAUUUAUCUCAUCCCUUUCCCUCCUUGCAAGUUCCGUACGUUCAUCAUCUCGCUUCGCCUCUGCGCGCCAUUGCCACCCGUCCAAGUAAAGAAGAGAACGCAGUAUUACGCUCACGCAGGACGCAAGGAUGAGGCUUACACUCGCAGCUCAUCGUGUUGCUCUGCUGGUGCUCGUGUGCGUCGUCCAUGGCCUAGGAGCUGGCGUCCGGGAGGCGGAGGCCGUGGGCGGAGACGGCUUCGUGAGGGCGCAGGGCACUCGCUUCGUGCUCAACGGCAGCCCGUACUACGCCAACGGGUUCAACGCCUACUGGCUGAUGUCGAUGGCCGCCGACCCGUCGCAGAGGGGCAAGGUCACCGCCGCGCUCAGCGAGGCCGCCGGCCACGGCCUCACCGUCGCCAGGACGUGGGCUUUCAGCGACGGCGGCGGCACCAACGCGCUGCAGUACUCCCCCGGCAACUACAACGAGAACACCUUCAAGGGGUUGGAUUUUGUGCUGUCUGAGGCCAGGAAGUAUGGCAUCAAGGUGAUACUGAGCCUUGUGAACAGCUACGACUCUUUUGGCGGGAGGAAGCAGUACGUGAACUGGGCAAGAGCGCAGGGGCAGGGCAUUGGAUCUGACGACGAGUUCUUCACCAACCCUGUUGUCAAGGGCUUCUACAAGAACCACAUCAAGACGGUGCUGACGAGGAAGAACACGAUCACCGGGGCGGCGUACAGGGACGACCCGACCAUCCUGGCGUGGGAGCUGAUGAACGAGCCGAGAUGCCAGUCCGACCUGUCCGGCCGCACCAUCCAGUCGUGGAUCACCGAGAUGGCGGCGCACGUCAAGUCCAUCGACGGCAACCACAUGCUGGAGGUCGGCCUCGAGGGCUUCUACGGCGCCUCCACGCCGUCCCGCGUCGCCGCCGUCAAUCCCUCCGGCUACCAGCUCGGCACCGACUUCAUCGCCAACAACCAGGUCCCCGGCGUCGACUUCGCCACCGUCCACUCCUACCCCGACCAGUGGCUGUCGAGCAAGGACGAACAGGCGCAGCUGACGUUCAUGGGGAGCUGGCUGGACGCGCACAUCGCGGACGCGCAGGCGGUGCUGAGGAAGCCGCUGCUGAUCGCCGAGUUCGGCAAGUCGUGGAAGGACCCCGGGUACAGCAGCGGGCAGCGCGACGCGCUCUACGGCGUGGUGUACGCCAAGAUCUACGAGUCGGCGCGCCGGGGCGGCGCCACGGUGGGGGGCCUCUUCUGGCAGCUCAUGGUGGCCGGCAUGGACUCGUACCGCGACGGCUACGAGGUCGUCUUCGGCGAGACGCCGUCCACCACCGGCGUCAUCACCACCAACAGCCGGAGGCUGCGCUUCCUCAGCAAGGCGUUCGCGCGGGCCAGGCAGGUGCGGGGGAAGGGCCGCCACAACGGCGGGAACUAGAGAUUGGCAAGAAGACGGUGUGGUUUGAUACUUUGAUUUUUGUGUGUGUGUGUUGAUGGCUCCUCGAGAUGAUUUAAGAUUCAUCCGGGAGGGAAGGAUUAGUAUUUGGCAUCCUUCUUGGUGACUUAAGAGGUGUGUUUUAGGUGUUCUUUAUAAUUAUAUGUGGAUUACGAAGUAGCCACUCUGUGGUGAAGUUAUGAUGCAAGUCUGGCUCCGGAAGAAGCAGCCAGUCAGUGAUUACAAGUACUCUCUAUGUGAAGGGACGUUUUGCUGUCAGUCAUGUAUGUUUUUAUCUACUACUUGUUCAUCCUACUUAAACCCUA